CGAAAGAACCAAAGAAGAUUAAUCAUUGCGGUCACGAAAGCUUUAAAUCGAAAUUGUCUCAAAUCUUUUACGCUUAAUAUCUUCGGAUCUACGAAUCCUACCGAGUUGAAAUUUUCUACACAGACUCGUCUCGCGUGACAAUUAAAGAUUUAAUGUAAUUAAAUAAUAAUAAAAAAAGCGGUCCGGGUCCCGGCGACCCUUGACCUAUUCGUGUUUCUAACUUAAUUAAUAAUUUUUGGUUCUAAAUAAACUCCGCACCCCCUCCCCCCCCAUUUCCAAUCACGAUUGGUCGCGCUCAGCCACGCGGGGACACGUCUUGUCCAAUCAAAGCGACUUUUGUUGGAAGCCUCUGGCCAAUGAGAGGCGCGCUUACGUCGCCCCUCGUAAUGAUGCCGGAGCGGCCGCUAUUGUUCCCGCAACAAUUACAAUACUCAUCAUAAUUACCAAUUACAAUACUCAUCAUAAUUACCAAUUACAAUACUCAUCAUAAUUACCAAUUACAAUACUCAUCAUAAUUACCAAUUACAAUACUCAUCAUAAUUACCAAUUACAAUACUCAUCAUAAUUACCAAUUACAAUAUUCAUCAUAAUUACCACUAUUUAUAUUUUUUACAUAAUGACAUAGCAAUUAAUAGCAUUAUCAUUUCUUUUGCCACGCCCGUUCCGACGGGUUGAGGCCAACGUGCUUAUGCUGAAGUUUAGCGAGCAGGCGUCCUACUUUGAUCGCGAUGACGUGGCUCUGAAGAACUUCCGCAAGUUCUUCAAGGAGUUGUCCGACAAGGAGCGCGAGCACGCCGACAAGCUGCUCGCGUACCAGAACAAGCGCGGCGGCCGUGUGGUGCUGCGUGAUAUCAAGACGCCGGAACGUGAUGAUUGGGGACAUAUUUUGGAGGCCAUGCAGACUGCUCUGCAGCUGCAGAAGAGCAUCAACCAAUCUCUCCUGGAUCUACAUGGGCAGGCUCGCGAGAAAAAUGACCCACAGCUGUGUGAAUUCCUGAAGGACUUCCUGGAGGAGCAGGUGGAGUCUAUCAAAAAGUUGGGCGACCACAUCACCAAUCUGAAGCGGCUGGGCGUUCCCCAGUCUGGCUUGGGCGAGUACCUCUAUGAGAGACUCACUCUGGGAGACUGCAGCUAGGUGCUCUCCCACUCUCAAACACCCCCCCCCCCCACCACUAAACCAUUCAUUCAUAAACACACUCGCUCACUCACCCUCGCAUACGACACUCAUUCAUUUACCUACACACUCUGCCCACCAACUCAGUCACUCGUACACACACACACAAGCGCUCGCCCACCUGCUCACUCACACCGAGCCGUGUCUCUCUCAAUCUGUAGUUGCUUCAUGAGGACAGCCGGUGUGUGAUGGUGAUAAUAGUACUCCUAUUACUGCUAACAUUUGCAAACGAUAAUAGCCUGUACUGCUUUGAAGAUAUGGUACCCUUGGUUGAUUGAAUUGGUGGUGAUGGUUGAGUUAAUGGUGAUUGAAGUGGUUGUGAUCAUGGUUGAUGAUGUGUGGUGCUUGUUGACACUCAAGUUGUGAUUGAUCGCAUGGUGGUAGUGGAGAUGGUUGAGGUGGUGGUUUCUUGGCCUCUUCUCUAAUCCUCUGGCUUAUGGGUUCACCGAUAUUACAAAUCGGACCUCCUAGUGAGAAAAUAAAGAUUCUACAAGCAUCA